GCAGCAUAAGUUUUCAAAAAUUAUACAUUUCGUGAUCUGAGUAAUUGUGCAAUUGUUGUGUGGAGUGUGGCGAGAAAAGUUUCAUAAUAAUUGCAAGAUUUACAAACAGAAAAAUUCAAUUAUAAAGUGUUACACAAAAGCAAACAUGCGGAACUCAUCAUUGUCGCUGCUUCUACCUCUGCUUCUGUUCGCCGUUAGCUCAUUUAUUUGUGUGACAUCACAGCGCACAUCUCUGGACAUUGCUCUGCAGAACGUUUACCGUCCUUGGCGUCUAUUUGCGUUGGCAGUUACCGGUCGAUCCGGUGACGAUGCACAGAACGUGCAACGCGUUCGAAAUGCCGGCAAAACCCAAAAGUCCAAUCCACGCACCCGUGCUCUUCUAGAAUUCUGUGAUGCCGAGCACGGUCCUGGCAGAAGGAGUGAUGAGCGACCCACCAGCGUUCACCGUCUGCGACCGGGCGAUAUUGACAUCAUUGGCGCCCUCGGGGAUUCCCUGACGGCGGGUAAUGGCAUUUUCGCAACCAAUCUGCUGCACGUGACCGUCGAGAAUCGUGGCGUUGUGUGGUCCAUUGGUGGCCAGUAUGACUGGCGGAAAUAUCUGACCUUGCCGAAUAUUCUAAAGGAGUUCAAUCCUAAUCUCUAUGGCUAUGCGGUGAAAGAUGGCCUUUCAACAGACCGAACAAGCCGCUUCAAUGUCGCCGAAUUGGCCGCCAUGUCGCGGGACGUGCCCUACAUGGCCACAGUGCUGGUGAAGCGCAUGCAGCGCGAUCCGCACGUGAACAUGACCCACGACUGGAAACUUGUAACGCUCUUUAUAGGCAACAAUGAUUUUUGCACCGACAUCUGCUUCUAUCCACAGCCAGAGAAGACUGUGCUGUGGCACGAGCAAAACAUGCUCAAGACCUAUCGCUAUUUGAGAGACAAUGUGCCGCGCCUGAUGCUUAAUGUUGUUCCCGCACCAAAUCUGCGUUUUCUUACCAACCUCACGGGACUUCCCGCCGUAUGCUAUCAUACGUUGCGCUUCGAAUGCCCUUGCCUGCUCUCGAAGUCCAAAGAGCACUUGGAAUACUACGAAGGCAUCAUGAAGCGCUGGAUAGCCAAAGACUUCGAAAUUGCAAAUAGAGACGAGUUCAAUACGGAGACCUUCACUAUCAACGUGCAGCCGUUUUCACAAUUCAAUGACUUUCCACGCACACGAACAGGUCAGACGGAUACACGUUUCUUCUCGCAGGAUUGCUUCCAUCUGAGUCAGCGCGGGCACGCCGCAGCAGCCAAUUCGAUUUGGAACAACAUGCUGGAAAUGCCGGGUGAGAAGAGCGGCUUCAAUCCGCAACUAUUCGAAAAGUUCAACUGUCCGACCGAGACACACCCCUAUCUGAUAACCAGGGAGAACAGUCAAAAGGACUUUGUUGCCUAGACAAAAGAACACAAAGCACCCACUGUGAUAUGUCGCAUAAGUCGUCGUGUACAUACCUAAUAUAUAUCUGUAGAAUUAAUUAGCACUUUGAAAUACAUAGUAUGUAUAUAAAAAAAA